AGCGCUUUGGACACGCAGCUCGUUCCCCCUCCGGAGAAGUUGUGGUGGCGGGAAAGACCCCUCGCCUUUGGGGGACAGGGGGUGACGCUGAGUGUCAACGGUGCGCUUCUGCGCCCGUCAAUGAUCUGCCGACUGGCGACUGCCUCCCGGAGUUUUCGCCGGGAAGGAUAUCAAUGGAUAUUAUAAAGGGAACCUUAGAUGGAAUUUCAAAACCAGCCUCGAAUUCAAGAACACGUCCCGGGAGCAUAGGUCCAAGUACUUCUUUGGAGGUGCUCUCACCGGAACCAGCAUCCUUCAAGGUUGAUACUGCAAUCAAGUUGAACUCUGGCAAAGAGAACCACUCAGACAGCAGUAAUGCCGAGGAAAGUAGAAACAGUGUUGAUGAUAAAGCGGAAGAGGACUCUGAGAAACCAAAAUUGGUGGAGGAUGGAUCAGAUGGAGAUCUGAACUUCAUUCAGCAUCAGACAAUCCCUGAAUGUUCAGAUGAACUCGAAUUAAAAGAAUUAGAUUCUCAACUUCAAGAUGCCAUUCAGAAGAUGAAGAGGCUUGAUAAGAUAUUGGUGAAGAGACAAUAUAGAGAAAAAGAAAUUAAGAAGCAAGGUCUAGACAUGAGAAUAAAGCUGUGGGAAGAACUUAAGUCUGCAAAAACCAGUGAAACUUUGCAAAGUAAUGAGGAGAUGGAAAAUACAAAAAAGUUCCUAGCUUUGACUGCUGCAUCAGAAGAAACUGUCGUAGAUCCUUCUCGAUAUGAGCAUGAAGACACCUUUUUCUCAGUGUUUCACACUCAAGUCCCUCCAGAAGAAUAUGAAAACCGUAUACAGAAUGUUAAUCAAGAUUUUACCUACAAUGUGGGAGGAAACGAAUCAUUGAUCAAAGCAGAAAAGAAACCUUUUUCAAAUACAGAAAAGACUGAGCUCAGGGGUAAACACAGCCAGGAUUUUAUUAAGCGAAACAUUGAGUUGGCCAAGGAUUCAGGAAAGCCAGUGGUUAUGGUUGACAGAGAGACGAAAAGGCUGACUGAACUUUUGAAGGACUUAGAUGACAGAGAUUUGGGGCUGUCCUGUCCUGAGGGCCAUCAGUCUGGCUGGCUGGUCCCAGGAGAAGGUUACACACUUGCGAUCACCCAGCACCAGCAGCUUGCUGAAAUUGACUCAAAGCUCCAAGAACUUUCUGCAGCCUCACCAACAACUUCCAGCUUUUCUCCAAGACUUGAAAACCAGAGUGAUCAGGAACCUGACCUUCGUGAUGAUGAUAGAAAUAUGGAAAUAACUCCAGGAGAAAAGGUGCUUCGGAACACCAAAGAGCAACGGGAUCAGCAAAACCGGCUGAGAGAGAUAGAUGACAAGCUGAGGAAGCUGAAGGAAAAUGUGUUAGAUUCAACAUCACUUCUCUCUGAGGAACAGUUAAGGUGUCUUCUGGAUGAAUGCACACUCAAACAAAAGUCUAUGAUUGGACUUCCUUCAGAAAGAGAAAAGGAAGACCUUGAGGGUAUAACACCUGAGGUCCCUCAUCUUUCCAGAUCUAUCCUCUCUGGGCUCCUAAAUGGAUUAGAAACAAAGGUCGAAAGCACAGAGGUUAAAGAUGCAGAUAUGCCCGAGAAUGCGGAAUGUGAAACACGUACAGGCUACUAUCUCACCAAAGCCUUGACUGGGCAUUACAUGUCCCAGGCUCUUGUCAUCGAAGCAGAGAAUUUGAAAUGCCUCCAAUUUUCCGAGGACGAGGUUAUUACUGACACAAAAGACUACUUUAUGUCAAAGACUCUUGGCAUUGGAAGACUGAAAAGGCCCUCUUUCUUGGAUGACCCACUGUAUGGCAUCAAUGUGAGCCUUUCAUCUGAAGACCAACAUCUGAAAGACAGCCCUCCAGAGAAACCAGAAACGGAUGAACAGGAGACUGAAGAUGUGACAGAAGAAUGGAAAGAAUCUUAAGCAGAGACUUGCUGGGUGUGCUUUUAAGAAAGUUGGUGUUCCAACUGGGCCCGAGUAAGUCUGCGUCAGAGUCUCGCGUGAAGAAGGGGAACGAAGGAGGCAUGGGCCACACCCUUACCCUGUCGUCUGGGAUUUUAUCAUUGUCAUC